AUGACAUUCCUGUGGAUCUCCACCCUGACAUCACAUGAUAUCUCUGCGGCCUCCGAAUCCUCCGAAGAUUUCCACAGCCUCCGAUACCGCGCGGAUGUUAACUCCAUUCCCAUCCAGGUCCAAUGCUCACUUCCUAACCCAGAUGGCCCUUGUGAGUGGUGCAGUGAGCGUGGUCUCGAAUGCACAUUUCGGAGGGAGAACCCGCGGAAGAAACGGCGUAACAGCUUCACUCUUCCGGGUCCUAGUGAUGUACAGAACUUGUUCCAACGUAUUCAGGAGCUAGAAGGUGCCUUGUCGCGGGUUGGUCCUACAUCAGAGUCACCGCGUGUUGCUUCAGAUUACCCAGAAGAAUCGACUACUCCGGUCCAUACGAGAAUCAGCUUCCCCCAUGCCUCAACCGUAGCAAGUGGUAGGGAAGGCCCCGUCUUUUCUGCCAGCUCUCUAUCUCCCGCUACCUUUGCCCAAACGCCCACUGGCUCCUAUGGCCUUGCUGCAAAAGAGGAUCCUGCCAGCAAUCAUAGAUCUGCCACGCAAUGGGGGCCCAAUUGGUACUUCAAUGGCAUUGCCAUGUCCUCUGAACCAGGCCGCGAAUGGAUCUCCAAAAGAACCGGCCAGCCGGUGUCAUGGGCUGAUUUCAGUAUUCCUAUUAUGCAGUUCUCUGAAGCUUCUGCCCUUCGCCCAUCUCUUUCAGAAGCUAUAUGCGAAUUGCCUGAUAUAGAGGCGACUCGGGAAGUUAUAACCGCGUUUUUCAAGUCCUCAUUCCGACUCGCUUUCCCUGUGUUGGAUGAGACACUGUUUGUAAAAACGAUUGAAACUGCAUAUGAGCCUGUAGAGGGGACAUUAUGCUCCCUCAGGCAAGUCUCGGCCAGGGCAUGUGUUUUGAGCAUGUUAGCUAUUGCACCUCGUCUAGCCAUGUCGAGGCAGAUCUCGUUUCCCAUGGAUGCCGACUUGUGUGCAGCCCAGGCAUAUUGUCUUUUAUUACACGUUGCCGAGGAUGUCAGCUUGCCGACGCUACAGGCGGCAAUCAUAUUGCAAAUACAACGUACAUUUUGUACCGACUGGCAAGGCGCGACCUUUUUUCAAUCCAUUGCGUGUCGCAUAGUCUGCGCUUUAAAAGGUCACAUGUGUCAACCAUCAAGUUCCUCCAGCCUUGAGAAUACCAGUUCAGAACGGGAAGCUCGCCAUAUUCGAACGCUAUUUUGGCUAUGCUACAUGCUCGACAAAGAUAUCUCGCUCUUCACAGGCAACCCUCCUCUUCUCUCCGAAAUCUACUGUGACCUGAUUUUGCCUGACAAUUAUUACGACCACUAUGCCUACUUACCAGCCUUGAAUUUGUCAUUGGCAAACAACGAGGAAAGUCAAGCGAAUAUCAAACCCCAUCUCCCGGGAGACCCUCAUUUAUGCCAUCUAAAGGAAAAGGUCUACCGACAACUCCUAUCCGCUCGAGCAAUGCGAGAAAAUGACAAUCAACUCCUCCUAAAUAUUCGGCAACUAGACGACGAGAUAGAGCACUGGCGACUCUCCAUCCCCGUCAAUUUCCGCCCUGCACUCUUUGUCUCGAAAAAUACUCUACCAAAUGCGACCGAUGAAGGCAUCCCGUUCAUUAUCCGACGCAUGUCUCUACAGUUAGACUACCAUCACCUGAUGACCGUGAUCCAUACAACGGUGAGAAAAUGCACGGUUGAAACCAGUGACGAAAUGCCAGACCUGCAUAGCGUGGUUCAUUCGAGUUUUGAUAUUUCGUUGGUGGCUAGUCGCUCAACGCUGUGGUGUUUGAGAAACCUUGUCAGUUUGAUUGCAGAGGACGCAUUCAGGUUCGUCACGUUUUAUUCGACUGCGGCCACUAUGACACUCUUCCUCAAUAUCGUGAUUCACCCCCUCGAUGCACAAUCGCGGAUUGACCUGGAGCUUCUCAUAUCGGCUGCCAAUACGAUACGCAAUAUGCCUGUGCGAGCUUUGACGAAAAUCGAGGUUUCUCAUGUUCGCCAGCUUAGCAAGUUCGUGAUGAGGCUGGUGUGGCUUGGAACAUGUGCAGUGACAAAAGCAGAAAGAGAGAAUGACUAA